GAGCAACAUUUUAUCAGAUUUUAACGCUUCAACAAAAUUAUAAUAUUUAGGUGACAAAAAAUCUGAAAAAUCCGCACAAUUCUUUAAAGAUACUAAAGUAUAAAGUUGUUCAUAUAUAUCUCUUAAAACAGGAGUUCCUCAAGCAAUUCCUUACUAUUGUUAACCAAAUAAAACUUAUGCUGAUAAAAUGUCAAAAAGCUCUUAUUAAACAUCAUUUUAUUAGUAAAUAAUAAUAUUAAACUAUUUAAAUUAAAUUUUUAUUAUUUAUAGAGAUGUAUAUAAAGUAAGACCAUAUUAACAUGUAGGGAUGAAUAAUAAACCACUUGAUACAUAUCAUCCUCAUUCUUAUAGGAACAGAUUACCAGUACAAGAUGCACCUCCUUAAUUUACAAAUGCCUCAUAAAUAGAAGUCGGAGAUAGAUCAGAGGUUAAUCAUAGAAGAUUUGUUAGUUAAUCUAGAAAUGUUUAUGGUAAUUUCGGAAAAUUCGAUCCGGUAACUAAUACAGGUAUUAUUGCUAGAUAAACAAAAUGGCACCAUCAUUUAUAAUAAAAAUGAGCAAAAAAAUAUU